AUGGCCAUGAAGCCGGUGCUCGUGUUCUUCGCCUGUGCACUUUUAGUUGCCACACAGAUUUCAUCGCUUGUAGAGGCUACUGAGACAGAGGAAAACCCCCCAGCCAAGGCCCCCACUCACGCACCCAAGAAGCCCUAUGUCUACCCCCCAAAGAAGGCUCCUGUGCAUGACUACGUUCCAAUAUGCGAAGAAUACUGCAAAAAGCAUGACAAGAAGAAGCCAAUAUACAACAAGAUCAGGCCAUGCAUGAAGGCAUGCACUGCCUGCGGUAAAAAAUGCGAAUGUGUGCCUGUUGGACCCAAUAAAUGCAACAACUGGGACUUCGUGAUAAUUCAUGGUACAAGGUUCGACUGCCCCGUUUGA